GGCUAUUCAAUAAUUGUUUAUAAAUAUUAUUAAAGUUGAUUUAUAAAACUGUCCAUUGUUUAUUGAACCGCGAGAAAUAUCUGUGCGAAUCACCCACGAAGACCGAUUCACGACAGAAGUAUGCCACCGAUGUUUUUGUUUAGUUAUUUUUCAGUUUUGUAAACUUAUACGACUGAGAUAUCGUGACCAAAUCCAGAGACAGUUGUCGUGCAAUCAACUUGUGUAAAACACCUUCUUGUAUAUUAUAAUAUCUGUACAAAAAUGAACCGUUCUCUUAUACUGCUUUAUAUUGUUCUUUUAACUCUAACCUGUGCUCAUCUGGAGGUGAACAGAGAUAAGAGAGGAAGACGAAAAAACAAUCACGAGGAUAAAACAUUGUGGAAAGAAGAAUACGAAAAAGAAUUAACAGACGCCAUGCUCUCGUCACGUAGACGUGAUAAUGUGACGCGAGUUCCACAAUCUCCAGGAAUAGGUGAUAACGAAGCCGUCAUUGAGAAGCUUAUGGAAACGAUCACAUCGAGCGAAAAGUAUUUUAAAAAAGUUGAAAGCAUAGAUUUUAGACUUAAUAGACUUGAUAUAGAAAUUCACGAAAAAACGAACAGUAUCGCUAAACAGUUGGGCGAAAUUAUGAAAGCCGUCAACUCCGACGCCUACGGGGAUAAGUUUGAAACUAUUUUGGAAACGAUAAAAUCGGACGUGAGUCAAAUAAAAUACAGUCUUCAGAUGACUCCGCGGUCGAACAACGCUGUUUCAGGUACUGAGUACCAAACAGAUCCGUCCUUAGAUACAAAAUUAUCCGUUUUGGAAAGUAACACGAAAAGCAUAUUGUCUGGCGUUGAAUCAAUAUUGACGGUAAUUUCGGAGGUGAAGAAUCGUCAGUAUACUAAGCCAUUGGCCAGAUCUGAUAUGGUACAUCCUAGUUCACGAGAGGCAAUAUCAAUUAUAAGCGAAUUCAGGAAAAGUCUGCGUGAACAUAAAACAAGGAAGUGUGAUUGUAGGUCUGAACGAGUGGAUCGAUCAGAAAGGUAUCCAACAGAUUGCUUCGAGAUACAAAUGCAAGGAUUUAAUGUUUCCGGAAUUUAUAAAAUAAAACCGGAUGAUAUGGACUCAUUUUAUGUACUUUGUGACCUUUCGACUGCUGGCGGAGGUUGGACAGUGUUCCAAAAUCGUUUCGAUGGAUCACAAGAUUUCUACAAAGGAUGGUCAGAUUAUGUGAACGGUUUCGGUAACUUAGCCGGGGAAUUUUGGCUUGGACUAGAAAAGGUCAGUUUUCUGACGAACCAAAAACUGUAUGAACUACGAAUAGAAUUAGAAGCUCAAAACGGACCAGAAGUGUUUGCAAGUUAUUCUGUUUUUACUGUGGGACCUGAAGAGGAAGGCUACCGGAUUAGCACACUUGGAACAUACUAUGGAACAGCAGGAGAUUCACUGUCAUAUCACGCUGGUCAAAAGUUUUCUACCUUUGAUGUGGACAACGACGAAUGGAAAGAUGGCUCUUGCGCUCAGGAGCACGGCGGAGCUUGGUGGUACAAAGAAUGCGACAAGAGCAAUUUGAAUGGAAAAUAUUCGACUACAACUGAAGAAAACAAAGGACAAUCCAUCUAUUGGAUAUCCUUUAAGGUUCCGAAUUAUCCCCUGUCAAAGACGAAGAUGAUGAUCAGGCCGCUGCCAGCGAAAAGACCGACCGACUUUAUUGACAAUAGUAGGAAAAUUUCAGAUGGUUCCAAAAAGAAACCUCUUCCCGAGAAACAAUCUCGGGUCAAAGAUAUGAAGACUAAAUAUGACGUGAAGCACAAUCAUCCCAUGUAUCGUUACGACGAACACACGCACAGUGACGCGUUCUUCCCUAAUUACGCCUGAAAUCACGCGCCAAAAGCAACAAGUCCAUAGACAACAACUAUAAUUACAUAAAACUGACAUUUUUAGAUCUAAAGAUCAAAAUCUAAACUAUAUAGUUGUUGUUGUCCUUAAAUAUGUUUCUGACGAUAGUGAAUAGCUAAUAUUAAUUGUGAAGCAAGCUAAUGAAGGCAUGUAUAAUAGCCGGCAAACUUCUUGAACAUUUGUCGACGUAGUGGGGGUAAGUUUGCGCAUGGUACACUCACGUGCAAAAACAUUAUUUACUCUGCGUCAUAAUGCAAUUAAAUUAUUAAAAUCAACAUAUGUAUUUAUUUAUAUAUUUGUGAGAACAUCAACAAAAAAUAUAGGUUAAUAAUUGUAAUAAUUUAAUCUUGGGGUAAAAUAGAUAUUCCUUCUAUUAAGUCAAAACUAGAGCUGUUGCCAGGUCUUGGUUCAGUUGAAGCGAAGCUGGUAUUUGUAAUUUUUUUUUUCGUUAUCAUAAUCUUGACCAUCAUCAUCACUGUUUUUAUCACCCGAGUUGCUAUCAUCGUGAUGAGUCGACAUAGGGAUCAUCGGUGUAGUUUACAACUCGGUCGGUUCGGUCUACUUUUUUGUCUAUAAUUAAUUAUUUUUUGAAGAUAUUCGAUUCGUAGUAAUCGAAUGUAACUUUUUUCAAUUACCAGCUUCCGAUUAUUUUCUGUUUUUUUUCCAUCUGAAGCCUAGCUCUUUCAUAAUUCGUCGUAAACUUCAUACCGAGCCAUUAAAAUUUAUAUCUUCUUUAAAUUUUUCGAAGCCUUUCUACGGUACGGAGUUUCGCUGCUUGUUAUGUAGUUAUUAUGAUUACAUCUUAUUAUUACAGAUUGAACGAAACUAUCCAUUCCGGUAAAUUUCUUCUUCCCUGAUCUUUUCUUACCCGGAGUCCGAAACACGGCGAGCAAGCCAGAGCCUUUAGCUUCGUUAAUAGUGCACCUAACAGUACUCACGGAUGUUUUUGUUGCUUCCGAAGUCUGUUUUAAUUUUUCCAUAUCAUUCUUCCCCUGUUUUAUAAUGAAGCAAUAUACGUCGUACACAAUUUUUCUACCCUUUCUUUUGAAUACUACACCAGUUUGUCGCGGCAUAGUGUAUUUUUUUAUAAAACAUCAACAAACACUCAACAAAUAGCAAUGGCAACAAAGUCAACAAACAAUUAUAACAAAUAACGAUUAAUAACGAUAGACUUUUCACUGUACGCAAGCGUACUUUUGGGAGCAAGCGGAACGAGGGCGCGGUGCGGGACGAAAGGUUCGACUGAUCUACCAAUAACGCGCUCGAUACGAUUUCCCCUGUCGUCGCGCCUCACCCUCACCACCAAAGUGAUCUAAAAUUCGGUUCUGCGCAGUCAAGGUCAUUUGCUCAAGAAGUUUGCCGGUUACUAUACAUAAUUUGAAUUAUAUGUCAAAGUAUAUAAUUGUAAAAAAAGCCUAAUAAAUGUUUAAUUGGGAAAUAGUUAGUUAUAAAAAUGACAGCAUUACAAAAAAAUUCAAUGCAUUGUAUUUGGGUAAUAAUUAAUUUUAUAUUAAAAUUAUUACAUACAUAUUUUGCACAUUUAUUUAUACGGGAUGACUAGAAAUAAUUUUGAAGCCGCACAAAGGUUAUAAAUAAAUCUAUGUAGGUGACACUUGAUAAGAUCACACUAAAAAUCAUGGUCAUGAAAAACACCGAAAUGUAAACUGAUAUGGUUUUUAAUAUGAAUUGAAAUAUAUCGGCGUUUUAAUUCCGAGAUUAGCAAGUAAUUGUGAUAUUUAUGGAUAGAGUUAAGGAGAACAGUCUAAUUUGGGAGACAAGUUGAAAAAGUACCCCGUAUUGUCAGCAUCAAAUUAUAACUCAAAAGCCAUCAAAAUAGGGCUAGUGUAGCAAGCAGUAUUAUAUAAAUGUAGCAGUUCUAAAAGGAGGGAAGUGUGCUGUAUCGAAAAAUUAUAACAACUUCUGUCGCUAUCUUUUAAAUUACACCAUUUGCUGUGGAGCUGCCAUUUUAAUUGAUCACUUUUCGAUUGACACUGUCAUUACUGAGUGUGUUACUGAGUUAUUAACUGUACACUCCACAUUGAUAUAGAUAGAUAGAUUUGAUGUUUUUUUAGAAAGGGCUAAUAAAGACCCCAUAAUUUGUCAUGAAUUGAAUCUGCUGUCACAAGAGAUAGCGGGGGAGGCAGCCAGUCGUCCUCACAUAAUUUAGCUGUAGGCUCAUGAAAAUAUAUGAACUUACAAGUUAUUUAUAACUACUAUACGAAUGUUUUAGUUCGAUCUAGUAUUUUAUUCUAGUUUCGGCUAUGGGAAUAAUUUCGAUAGUUAGUAAAUGUCGCGUAUAUUAAUCAUUUCAAAAAAGGCAUCUAAAAAAAUGCGCAAGAUAUCUGAAGAAUACUGAUUUCUGAUUCUGUUAACAUUUAGCAUACGCGUUUUCAGACUUACUUUUCGGAAACACUCUACACAUUGUACUACAUAGUCAAAUAAUCUAUUCAGAUGUUAGUAUAAUUCAUAUUUGAUAGUAUUUCGUGAAUAUAUAUAUCAUCUAUUGUAAACGAAGGUUCUGUUGAAAGUUUAAAUGAAAUAAAACAACAAAACAAAUCAGUCUCCAUUAUUUUUAUUUUGCUAAUUUAAUGAUUGAAUAGUGUAUGCUUCUGUACCGAUUUGAGCAAAGUGUGACAAAUUUCGUUAUAUUCCUAUUUCGUAAUAUACGACCACACAAGCUACGAACACAACACAUUAACAUGCAAAAACGCACGGUUUCAAUAUAAUAAUCACAGUGUGGUCGCAUUAAAAACAUGAUCUCAUGGCAGUGCUCAAGCUCAACCUAUUUAUUAAAGUCUAUUGUCAACUGAUACACACCUACACGUACUUAUUAAUUAAACAAACCUAACAUCUACAAGUGGAAAGUAUCGUAAGUAUAUAAAUAUGUUCCACAAUGUGACCAUUGAAUACGUUAAAAAAACCUUCCUUGGAAACGUACCUAUACUAAACGAAUAUUAUACCUGUAAAUAUUCGCUUAACUUAUGAUCAUAGUGAAAAUUAUGUUACAAAACAUCUCCGAGACAUACCUAAUUACUAAAAUAUUUAAUUGUUUGUAAUCAUCUAUAGAAUGAUAUAGUAUAUACCUGUUUUUGGUGAUUUAGGUAAUUAAGAUAGUGUAACAUAUUAUUUUAUACAUUGAACAACAAUUUUAAGAUACAAUAACUACUUAUUUUUAAUUUUUAAUAUUUACAUUUAAAUCGUGUAUAAUGAACGUGAUAAAAGUACCACUAAAAAUUACAAUAUCGAUCGUUUCGUAUUCUGCAACCUUCAGUACAGAUCUAAAGAAAUUAAAUUUUAGAUGCAACUAAUUAGAAGCCUAGGACAAUUAGAUAUCUUAGUGGAUUACAUGAUUAACUUACACAACGUCGAUUAUAAUAUAUUCUAGUAAGUAAUUAUACAUAGCCCAAGGAAUAUUUAAAAA